UUGGCGGGUCAGGGAGUUGGGGGAAGUGACGCGCGAGGAAGGGGCGGGGCCGGAGGGGCCGUUUUCGCGCGCGCCGGGAGCGUGGAGAGGUUUUGGGGGGGGUUUUGGGCCAUGGAACUGCCCCCCUCGUGCUUCCAGUCGUGCCUGGAUUUCUGCCCCGAGUGCGGCUCCGUCCUCCCCCCCCCGGGACCCCCCCCCACCAUCCGCUGCCCCCGCUGCUCCUUCACCUUCCACUGCGCUGAUUUCGAGGGUCGCUCCGUCCGCAGCUCCAUCGAGUUCAACCGGCUCCAGCCCCGGGGGGGGGGGCAGGGGGGGGGGUCUGCUGCUCCCCCCGGCACCGAGGGGCCCAUGGUGGAGCGGAAAUGCCCCCGCUGUGGGCACGAGGGGAUGUCCUACCACACCCGGCAGAUGCGCUCGGCCGACGAGGGCCAGAGCGUCUUCUACACCUGCCCCCGCUGCAGGUUGCAGGAGAAGGAGGAUUCCUAAAAGAAUUCCUAAAAGAAUUCCUAGAAAAAAAAAGGGGGUUUGGGGGACAAUAAAAGCCCCCCCCCCCGGGGGGGGUAUUUUGGCAAUUAAAGCCCCCCCCGGGGGGGGUAUUUUGGCAAUAAAAGCCCCCCCCCCCCUCCAUGAGGGGUGUUUUUGGGA